AUGCCGUCUGCUCUGGAUAUUGACCCGUUCAGCCAGCCGGAGUGGAGUGACUCUAGUGAUUCAACGGAACCAGCCCCGUUGCCUCAACUGGGCUAUUUUGUACCUGUGAGGUGCAGGUGCGAUGCACGAACGCAACACGUGUGUCGGAGAAAUAGAAGAGAAUCUCCCCGUUCCCGUCGUUCAAUAUCGCAAUGCUCCUGCAACAGCAUCUCACGGCGAUCAUCGGCCGCAGCGUCUCCGGUACCACUGCCUCCACUCAACAACACCAUGGAGAUGUACGUCGAACCCGUCAUCGAAGAUGUAAGUAUUUAA